CGCAGGGCCAUGUGUAGUCAACCCCCCUUAGUCUAUAGCUCCUGCUGCGCGAGAAGCAAGCCGAUCAUUAACGUUACACGUUCUGACAAAAACAUGUGAAAAUAAGGUAUAACAUGUUUCAACGCAGUCCUCAACCCUUCCAGCCUGUAACAAAGGGUUGUGUACUUGCCACAAGCAUGCUGCAUUAGCCACUUUCAUCUUUGUCACUAUGGAGACCACAGGAAGUGAGGCUGUUGGUGCAUCAGGUGGGCAACAAUCAGUCUCUGCCUCUCAUGAUGCUCCACAACCUCAGUCCCCCCCUCCGGUUAAAAUACGGAGGACUUUUAAGUUUUUUGGCGGUCGGAAGAGCAUUUGUGUUCUGCCGAGCUUUUUUGGGAGCCGUGGAAAAAGCCAAAUCAAGGCGUCAUCUAAAACAGGAUUACCGAAGAGCCAAACUUAUGAUGGGGUGAGCAGAGCAUGCUGGGAAGAUUUGGGUAGAGGCAGCAGCGAAGUGGCUUCCAGGGACUUUGAAUUCUGCAGCUCCUGUGACCCUCAGAAAACACCAGAGGAUCAUGGGAAGUCUCAGUCACUACCGAGACAGCGGCGAGGUCUUCGGGGCCUGUUCAGCAGCAUACGAAGACACAGGAAAAGCAAAACUGCUGAACUGGACAAACGUGAGACACUUGAAAUGUCCUCAAGCUUUCGUUCCGAAACUGUGCCUGGUGCCUUGUCGAGCAUCUGUGCCUGUAAUGAUAACCAUGACGACUGUCAUGGUGAAGAGUCUGUGGCAGAUGUGCCUAAUCAAACCACAAGCAUCGAGUGCGAACUGCCCUUGGCUGCACCUGAAUGUACAAACGAUGCAUUGCUAGUGCCUGAGAAACGGAGAAGCAGGGGAGAGAUGGAUAUGAGGAAGAGAGCAGAAGAAGAUGAGAAGGGGCAAGAGUCGCAAAAUGAGAGGCGGGAAGGAUUGACUACAUAUCAUGAACCCUUAAGUGCAGAGUCCGAAAUGGAUCGAUUGGCUGAACAAAACAUGGACGAGCUUCCAGCUGCAUCAUGCUCCUCCGAAAAUGUGAAUUUGAUGUUCGGAGAUGUUUCGUCGUUGAAAAGCUUUGAUUCACUGACUGGUUGUGGGGACAUUAUUGCAGACCAGGAUGAUGUCAGUGUUGCGGAGAGCUCGGUGUCUGCUGAGAGAGGCAGCCGAAAUGCAGGGAAAAGGAGCUCCUGUUUCGUCACCUAUCAAGGCGGAGGGGAAGAGAUGGCAACUCCUGAUGAGGUAGAUGCUGAUUAUCUGCAAAGUUUAUGGGAAUCUGAAACGAGUAAUGAAGUCUGCUACGUCCCCUCAGACAGAGGCUCUGAUACCCUGUCACUCACUCCUGAUCAGCAAAUCAGCUCCAUCCUGGCUAACUCCAACAGCAGCCCACUGGGAGUCACAGAAACUCUUACUGCUGACCUUCUGAGCCCACAGAGCGAUCGACAAGAAUCUGUGCCCAACAGUGACGAGGGAUACUACGACUCCACCACACCAGGACAAGAGGAGGAGAGUAGAGAACCACACCAGGAAAGACUUCCAAGGGACAGCUACAGCGGCGAUGCCCUUUAUGAACUUUUCGAGCCUGAUGAUCGCAUACUCAGCCCUGGUCUUCCUCCCAAGGGUGCCCAUCAAUUUGUUGAUGCUGCCUUGAUGGGUAAUAAGAGUCCAACAAACCCUCUCUAUACCUUGGCAUCAGCUGCCCUGGAAACGGGUUCCAUGGAGACGGAGGAAGAGCGCUUGAGCAUGAUCCAGCAUGCCCUUCUGUGCUGUGAGCUUCAGAAUCUCAGAAGCCCAUCCAAAGACCGGCUUCUGUACCAUACUGAACGCUACUAUGAUGAUACAUGCCUUACUGUAGACAAGUUCGCUUCUGAAGAAGUUAUUAAUCAGCGCUAUCCCCAAUCCCCACAGAGAACCCAGGGUUUAAAAGAGACACCUCUCAGCAGGUCUCAAAAGCAAGACAGUCAAUUGUUUGGACCACUUUCUGAUUCGCACGUCCCAGAGGUGUCUAGAUUGGAGCAGAAGUCGGCAGCGCACACUGAGCAUCAAUCUGAGGAUCUAGAACUGCCCGCCCGAGGCCGUAGCCAAUCCAAGGAAGAGCUGAUGGUGUGUUUUUCCCAAGCGCUUGUGGAUUUUACCAAGAACACCAGGCUUUACUGUAACUCAACUGAGAGUCUCGAUGGCUCCGAGUCAAGUUCUCCUUUCGGCCCGAGUUUGAGCGCCCUGCCCACCAUCGUCACAUUCGACGUGGUCGACAUGGAGAAUGAAGGUGAAUGUGAGCAGCAGACUGAUCUGGUGGAGGAAGAGGAGGUGUUGGCAUCCCCUUACGAGCCUUUUGAGGACGAUGGAUGCUACCUGCAGCAGGAUGCAUUCGCAGAGUGUGACCAACCUACUUUUGAUGCCUACGAACAGAGUCUGUUGCUCAGUAACGCAUGGGGCAUCGCAAGCCUUCCACGGCAUCUCAGCUUGGGUCGGCCGUGCCCACCAGUCCCUGCCCCGUUAGCACUAAAUCGACGUAGUAGAUCUCUUGACACGGACAGUCUGGAAUUUCAGACUAGUGAGAGUUACACAAGCGGAACCACUUAUGAGUCAAGGGGCGGUGGGUUUUUACGGGGUAGGACUGCCGACCGCACUGACAUGGCUUUAUCACGACAACCCUGCAGGGUAACUGUGGACGAUAGAAGGCAGGGCUAUGGGUGGGACCCUGACCGUCACACAAACCCCUUGCCACACGUGAACAAACUGGCUGUCAGGCCCUCAAAUCUUCCGCUUCAAAACAACUGCCGUAAUCGUAGCCCUGCCGGUAUCAGUAGAGUAGAAGGUGAGGGGGAGAUUUUGUUUGGCGGAGGAGACGCGCUCUACCCCUGCAGUUAUCCUCCUAGUGGCACGCAGUGGAAAAAUCGACCUGUUGGGGUCACUCUGGGGGUGCCACAUCUUCGUUCGGACCAAUCCAUAGAGCAGAGAGAAAUUGCAGUGAAAGGCAGGAGGGCGGAGCUUGAGGGCUUCACCACUGCACCGCCUAAACCAUAAACAACAAAAACAUGAACAUCUCUCCUGCUCGAAUUUUUUUUUUUCAAAUAAGUCUCGUCACCAAAGACGAUGCUGGAUGUUUACUGACACUUUUGAAUUGUAUCACACACACACUUUCACUCUAGUUGCUGUUCCUGCCGGAUAAGCUAUUGUAUUAUUUUGUGAUGUACGGUGUAGUUUUUGAGCUCUGUUUUAGUUUAUUUGGGGUUAAGAGGAAUUGUGUUCGUAUCUAGUGUGUUACAGCAUUACUGGGCAGGUGCUGUGCAUAUACAGAUGCCAUAUUGCUUUGCAUAUAUGUAGCCAGGUUUUGCCAUCAAAAAUGAUCCGUUUGGAAUGUUAUCAUUUUGUAAAUAUUAUUAAAAUACCUUAAAUGAUGAGUUUUAGACUAAGAUUGGGUGAAAGCGAGCAGUCUAUCGGAUUUUCCUUAUUACAUUUUGUUUUAAGUGAUGAACAAGAUGUUUUGAUUCAACACCAUUGUACAUUUAAAACUAUUGUAUGUUAGACGUUUUUAAUGUUUACAUCUUGAAUCAUUUGUUUUCUAGUUUUUAGUUUAGAACACUACAUUCUGAGAGAAAUAUUGCAGUCAGUACGUCAGCUGUGUUGAGAAGCAUUUGGGCAUGUCUAAAAAUGUCACUUGUGUACUAUUACUGAAGACUACCCUUAAAUAUCCUUAUGAAUAGCCCUAGGCAGCUUGAUCAUUUUUUAAAGUACUUUCAAAACUCUUUUGCUGCUAAAUGCUUAUGUGAUUGUUUGGGAGAACUCCAAAUAUUAACCCUGUGCUGAUAUUUUCAUUACCCAUAUACAUUCAAUUCAGAUUUGGCUUAAUCUUUAGUAAACAUGAUCUGUAUAGUUGAUAAUCAAAGGGUACUAUCUUCAGUCAUUUGAGACCUAGUAAGUAGAAAUGCCUUAAAGGACGAUUUGUGAUUGUUUAUGCUGUUUUACUACAGUCACACGAUCAUCUACCUUCAUCAUGCCAAAGUCUGUUUUAUGCACUUAUUGUUUUCACCCAGUGCUUAUUUUCAGCUCAUAAGAACGAAUCAACCUUUUCAGACAAAUCAGUUUAGUUGUAUAUGUGCUGUUCCAUUUGUACUUUUUUGGUAUUUAAAUUUGUGUAAUAGGAAUUUAAUGCAUUUUUUCCAUGCACAGACCAAGAAUGUAAGAAUAUCUCAAAGAGAACCUGACUUAUUGUCAUUGCCCUUUUUGUUAUUGUAAAUGUGUGAAAACAGGGUUGACAUGCAUAUCAAAUCCAGUACACCUCUGGGACAAUAUCUUUCCACAAACUGGUCAAAGCGCACACACAAAAAUCAACUUUGACUCUUUCAAAAUGGAAAUAAACCUUUGAGACAUCA